AUGGAGUUGGAUCAAGUUUGCUCUUGGAUUUUUACCGAUGAAACAGACUUAAAUUCGAGACGUUGCGCCAUUAACAGGCUGGCUGCGUGGAAGGCUAUCACUCAACUACCCCAUGCUCUCGAAUCUACUCAUGAAAUACUCUCUGUGAUUAUUCAAGACUCAAAAAUCGAAGAUCCUUCUUGCUUUUUGCCGUUGCGACAGAGCUAUGCUGCUGCACUCGUCCGUUUUGUUAAUGGAUUGGUCGAUCCUCUGCAAUUUGGCGUGUAUGCUCGUUCAAUUGCGUCCAUAGCCAGUCAGUUGGACAUUCCCCUCUGGCUUGUAGAGCUGAGGCACGCUGCAACCCAUGAACACCUCCCCAGCUUGGAGCUUCUGCGUGAGGGGGCAAGGCAGGCGAUGUCUUGGCUCCUGCAAAAUUACUGGUUACCUUCAAUCAAUCCAUCCACCACUUCAAAACCAGUCGCGCCUUUCCGUCCGCUCAGUCCCAUUCUCAAGCAAUAUAAAGAUCUGCUCAAAGUUGUGACCCGCGAUGCAUCAUUAAAAUCUCGCUAUAAACAGCCUAUUGGUCAAAUAACGAAGGAAAUUGAGAAGUGGAUCGCUGAAGCCAAAGUGGCCGCCAACGUUGCUGCAGGGGAGCUGGGGUGGAGUACCGGUCACAGAACAGGGUUCUCCGAUACAGAAGAACGAGAUGGCAAGGAAGUUUGGGCACUCGAGAUGUUCUCGGACGCCCUAUUAGAAAAGGGCGGAUUAGUUCCUUUGUCUAAAAAACGCAGGACACCCCCGACGGAUUCUCCAAAUCCGCCCUUGGAUUCCGUGAACAUUUGGACGCCACUUUUAAGUCACGUACAAUCCCUGCAUUCUAGUUUUUAUUUCACUCUGGUCAACAGGAUGAUCCAUCGUCUCACGAAAGAUGAAAUGACCGAUUCGAACUCGUCCCAGCUUGGAACUUCCUACGACUCGAGUUAUACUGAUUGUUUGGGCCGUUGGCUAUUAUGGAUGAUUGCGACCAUGGAAAGUGAAUGUUCAGAUAAUAUGAUUCGAGUUGAAGCCUCAGUCAUGUUGAUUAUGGCUAUUGGUCCUGGAUCUGACUUCGAUCCCUCGAGCAAGAAAGUCUUUGACACACUGUUGAAGAGCCUUUCUUCCGGUGUACCGGACUUGGAAAUCGCUUUGUCCACCCUUAAGCCAUUAAACAAGGCAUAUACAGCUGAAUGGACCACCGACGAUAUUUCGAUCAUGAACGACCGCUUGAAUGCGUUGCUUUCCGCCACAUCCCCCACCCCAGAGCCCGAGGAAACGGUUGUUUCUCAGGAACCUCCGACGAGUGAUUACAAUGAGGUUUCUGGCUGGCGUUCGUUAGGGUGUGGCUGGAAACCCUGUCCCAUAGGCGUUUAUUAUGUUGCUACUUCAUGA